UUCGCUCCUAGACUGUUAGAAUGGAACUAAAUGGACUUAACUAAGUGUAAAUCCUUUAUGGAAAACAGUGGUGUCUUCAAAGCAAUGCGUGCUCAUCUCUUCAUCAUUGGUAAUACGCUAGAAUGAUAAAUAAGCAGUACAAACAUCCCUUUGUCAUAGCUCUUAAAUCUGUAUAAUGAUAUUUUGUUUUCUCAGCCUUCAUGAAGUGUGAAAUUUGCAUUUUUGCAGUACACCACUGUUUGCUUACCUGAAGAAUGCUUCUUAACUGACUGAAGCUGUUGCUGAGAACAAGAUGUGAAAGAGGAGAUGAGCUGAAUAUUUUCCUUAUUAAACAGAUUGUGAAUAUGCCUAAAAAGAAGACUGGUGCUCGUAAGAAAGCUGAGAACCGUCGAGAACGUGAAAAGCAGAUAAGGGCUUCAAGAGCCAACAUAGAUUUGGCCAAACAUCCUUGUAAUGCUUCAAUGGAAUGUGAUAAGUGCCAAAGACGACAGAAGAACAGAGCUUUUUGCUACUUCUGUAACUCUGUUCAGAAAUUACCCAUUUGUGCACAAUGUGGAAAAACCAAAUGCAUGAUGAAGUCUUCAGACUGUGUUAUAAAACAUGCUGGUGUGUAUGGUACUGGACUAGCAAUGGUGGGUGCAAUCUGUGAUUUCUGUGAAGCUUGGGUGUGUCACGGGAGGAAGUGUCUCAGCACACAUGCAUGUAUCUGCCCUCUCGCAGACGCAGAAUGUAUUGAGUGUGAAAGAAGUGUCUGGGACCAUGGAGGCAGAAUAUUCGCCUGCUCUUUUUGCCAUGAUUUCCUCUGUGAAGAUGAUCAGUUUGAACAUCAAGCCAGCUGCCAAGUUCUGGAAGCAGAAACAUUUAAAUGUGUUUCCUGUAACAGGCUGGGGCAGCAUUCAUGCCUGCGUUGUAAGGCUUGUUUUUGUGACGACCAUGUGCGAAGUAAGGUCUUCAAGCAGGAAAAAGGAAAAGAGCCUCCUUGCCCUAAAUGUGGCCAUGAAACUCAGCAGACAAAGGAUCUGAGCAUGUCAACACGCUCCCUGAAGUUUGGCCGACAGACUGGAGGAGAAGAUGCAGAUGGAGCUUCUGGUUAUGAUGCCUACUGGAAGAACCUCUCCUCCAGCAAGGCUGGAGAGGCAGGUGACCGUGAGGAUGAAUAUGACGAAUACGAAGCAGAAGAGGAUGAUGAAGAUGACAAUGACGAGGGAGGGAAGGAUUCGGAUUCUGAGGCCACAGAUGUCUUCAGCAAUUUGAAUUUAGGAAGGACCUAUGCUAGUGGGUAUGCACAUUACGAGGAAUCAGAAGAUUAAGCCUAGUAUGGUGGGAAGCUAAAAACACUUGGAAGGAGCCAAGCAAUGCUUCACUGAGUUGUGUACGCGCCAGUAGGAUAGCUCUAUCAGGUACUUACAUAUCAAAGUUAGAGAAUUAAGAGUGUGGGACUUCUGCUGUAACUCCAAGAGGGACUUUUCUUUAAUAUGAACCAACGGUUUUGGGACUGGGGGA